AUUGGCUGCUCUGUGGGCGCCGCGCGCGCUGCCGGCGGGCGCCGCUGAGGGCGAGGGAGAGGAGCGGGCGGAGGAGAGGAGGAGGAGGAGGAAGAUGUGCUCGGGGGGGACGCUGAGCAUUCUCCGUAGCGACUCGUACGCGGACCUCAGCCAGUACCGGGACCAGCACUUCCGGGGCACGCGGUACGAGCAGGAGCGGCUGCUGCGGAAGAGCUGCACGCUGUACGUGGGGAACCUCUCCUUCUACACCACGGAGGAGCAGAUCCACGAGCUCUUCGGCAAGAGCGGCGACGUGAAGAAGAUCAUCAUGGGGCUGGACAAAGUGAAGAAAACCGCCUGCGGCUUCUGCUUCGUGGAGUACUAUGCAAGAGGAGAUGCUGAAAACGCAAUGCGAUACAUCAAUGGAACCAGACUUGAUGACAGGAUCAUAAGGACAGACUGGGAUGCAGGAUUUAAGGAGGGUAGACAAUAUGGUCGUGGAAGAUCAGGGGGCCAGGUCAGAGAUGAAUAUCGGCAAGACUAUGAUGCGGGAAGAGGCGGCUAUGGCAAAACUGUUCAAUGCCAGUGAAUGACUCAUCAGCCUCACAGGAGAACUAAAGCUGCACUGUAAAUGUCAUGAGCCAUAAAAUAGGUCUGUUGCACACAAAUUUAAGUAACUAGAAAUUCACAGAAACUACUAUCAGUAUUGCUGUGGUCACUUAGUGUGUUCAAUAUCUCUUCCAUUUUAAAGUCUAGUUACAAUACCAGGAUCCAAAGUAUUGGAGAGUGCAUUAAUACAGAGGACUUGGAAGCAGGGUUUUCAGCACUGGUAUGCGCAAGGCUUUGGUCUCUUAACUGCUGCUGUAGCUCUUCAGAAUAGAACCAAGACUUAACACUAUGGUGCUUUCUUCCGCUGGCAAAAACUUGAUUAUUCUUUCACUGGAUUUUGUUUACAUUAGUGUCACAGGGUAGAGAGGAGGGUUUGUGUAUGUUUCAGAGAUGAAAGGAAAAGGCAAGGAGCCUGAAGGGGAUGGGAGAGCAAUUUCUAGAGAAGACUUAAAGUUGCAGAUUUUCUUGAGGUUACUGGAUUAGAGCAGCCAUGUAAACUGUUGCAGCUCCUUUGUGGAGCUAGUGCAUAUACAUGAAGUUCACAACAAAACAGUUACAGAACAAAUUGAGUUUAGGAACAAUAAAGGAAGAAACAACCAUAGCAGAAAACAGACCCCUCAAUGUCUUCUACAAAGUAAAAUGGGAUUGCAUGACAUUUGUUUAUCCAUUUGACUUUGUGAAAUACAGAGAACAAGAAGUUUAAAAUUUAUAUUACCUGUUAUUUGCUCUGUUUAGGUAGUACUAGUUUUCUUCUUUCUGGUAGCUCUCUAUAGCUCUGAUAUUUGAGGAACGGUAUCUUCUGUGCACCUACAAAGGUGGCAUAGAGCCAAUUUCUACAGUUACCCCUGAAAAUGGGAUAUUUGAGGAACAGUGUAUAUAAAACAGAGGGAAGGGUUAUUCUCAAAAUAGACUUUUCCCAUUGAAGGAAACCUGAUUGCGGAUAAAGGUAAAAAUUAAAAAAAAACCUGACUUUUGAGAGCCUUACUUUCUAUUGAGCAUGUGGUGAGAAUGAUAAAAUAAUUGCAGGACUUUGUAAUUUUUUUCCUCUGGAUCGUGUUAACAGUCAGUUCUUGUGAUGGGAUUCUGUUGUACUGUAGAAAUAAGAAAAAUAAUCUGUACUCAUAACAUCUGUGAAAUUGGUAUGCUGAAAUGAUAGAGUUGGAAUGAAGCUACUAUAGGUUUUUUUGGGUUUGGGUAUGUUUUUUUUAGGGAAUUCUGAGUUCUUUGGGAACUACAAUUCAUUAAGUUUUUCCAAAUAUGUUAUUGUCUGUUGAGUUUUUAAAAACCUCUAAAAUAUCAAGUACAUAAAACUUGAUCUUUCCUCACUGAGGAUAUUGUUGUAAAUCUUGAUGUGCUUCUUACAUACAGUUUGUCAUGUAAGGUUGGAUAUGCCAUAAGAUAAAAUGUUUGCAACAAGACUGUUACUUAGUGAAUUUUUUUUGUGUUUUCUGGCACAAAGAUGCAGAGUAGAACCAGAUCUUCAGGAUCACUUGAUACUGGUUUGCAGACAAGACUUUUAGUGAAAUUAUUUUUUUUUCUACAUAGUGCAUUUGAUGACGAGUUUACAGCCUGUAAUCUACUCUAGGAAACUUGUGAAGUUUAUUUUUCACUGUAUUGGAUUUUAUAUACAAACUUACCUGUUCUCAAAACUCUAAGUCACUUUCAAAUAAAGUUGCAACAGUAAAA